AUGCUGGCCAUUCGCGACCAGGAAAACCUGGUAAACACUCACCAAACCACCGCCGCCGCCAAACCCUUGAAUCAAGGCCUCAAACAACUCGCUCCCAAGACGCCUGGCCGCCAGGUUCCCCUCCGAGACGAAAACAACCCGAUUGUAUUUGGCGGAAAGAAUACAGUGAAGGGCAAUGGAAAUCGUCCGGACAAUGGGAAGCCCGGCAAGCUACCGCCAGUCACACCCAUGGGUACGCGAUCCUACGCUUCGGCGCGUGAUAGUGGAAGGAAACUGACAAAGUCUCUGGGUUCAGAGCCUCGAAGCCGAGCUCCUCUGGGAGUCAAGACCAAUAACCCCAAGACAAAGGCCCCUCAGACACCUGCUCCCUUCGGGGGUGCGUUGAAGCCAGCCAACACCAACCGACGCGCCUCAACCGUACGCAAGAAGACUGGACCGGUUUUGCAGCGAUCCCAAACCACGGUGUACACAGAAGCUGCUCAGGAUGACGUGCCUGAUAUCGAAUAUAUGCCACCCAAGUCGACAGAUCUCCCUGAUAUCCCUGAUGAUGUCACAUACGACACCAGUUUCCCCCAGUUUCAACCCAAGAACCGCGCUCUUGGUCUGGAAAGUGUGUAUGGAAAGCAGGAAGUCGGCCCGGAUGGUCUGACCCAGAAGCAGCGCAAGUUCCAGGAGAACUCGCUGAAAUGUGACCAAAUGGCCGAGGAAAUGAUCAUGAAGCAGCUUGAUGACAUUAAAUUCGAUGAGCCUAGCGAAGACGAAUUCGUGAGGGCCCCAGCUCCGACUGCACGAAUCACCCGCUCAAAGACCCCUGCUCCUUCUACUACCGCUAGACAUACUCGUGCUGUCUCGACACUUCGCUCCCGUGAGGCCGCCAAUGCUCUUGCCGCACCGAGACCAAGUUCUGCCCCGGUUCGAGUGGCUUCCGCCCCGAAGUCCCGACUACCCUCGGCCUUGAUGCCCAAGAAGAAGACCAGAGUUCCGACCAACCCUUCAUCCAUGCGGAACACCGCAGCUGCUGUCACUUCCAACAACACCAUCGGAUACUCCAAGGGCCGCACUGUCUCGUCUACUAUUCACGAAAAGGAAGAGGAAUCCAAGGCCUCUGACACCCACACCACACUGUCUCCCGAGACAUACAUGCAACUUUACGGAGCGCCCCCUCUGGGCUCGGAGAUGUGGACCCGUUGCAAGUCCGCCGGCUGCUUCGAUGCUCCGGAUGAGGACGGCAGCGCCCAGGAGCUUGAGGAGAAUCUCCCAACCUUUGAGGAGGAUGAUGACACCUUGAACUUCCAGCUGGCUCUGUAG